AUGAAUCUACAAACAAAGGAGGAAACAAAGCCCCCGAUCCCACCUACACUUGUUAGACUUCAAGAACAUAUAGAAAACAAAGAAAUUAAACUCCAAAUUGAACUACCCAUCACUACACAACAAGAAAUUACACCUACAAUCAACAAGCUUAAAGAAUACUUUGAAAUACCACAAAUACCCAACUAUCUACUAAACCUACCAGAACUCCCCGCACCAUCCUGA